AUGCCGCAUGUGAGAAAGGUGAAGACUCCAUUGAAGAAUAGCACGUCACAUCGAACAAGACCGUUUCAUGUUCGCUUUGAUGAUGCGGUGGAGGUUUUCAGUGGUCACGAGUUACACAGACUCGUUGUUCCCCAUCGAGCGUUGUAUGAAUGGCCUGGUAAGCCAUGGGCGCUUGUGGAUGAUUGCACGGAAUUGACGCCUGAAGUUUUGAAACUUCAAGCCCGAAGGCCGCAUGUUCCCGUUGCAUGGCCUGUUUUGCCUUGGAUCAAAGCUCCUGGUGAUGCUAGUUGUGAUCGCUUUGCCCCAAUGGCCAAGUAUAGUAUCAUGGACGGUUUUCAGCAUUUUCACCAAAUUCCCGCAGAUCAUGCUGACCCUCCACAUGCACCUCAUGCACAUGGGCCUGGAAAUCCUGCACGUGCACAUGACUUUACUGACAGUAUGAUCUCUGGACCCCCUUUGGAUGAGUCCUACAGCUUUGAUGUCGGAUGGGCUACGUUGCACAACGACCAGUAUCGUGUUGUCCGUCUUCCUCCUGAACGAGCGAAUUGGGUGGAGUAUUUGAUGGACGCCUGGAGUGACCUGUUGGAUGACUCCGUGCCGACAGCCUUCACACUUCCAAAUCCCAUGCCAAUGAGAGGUCCUGCAGAUCAACUCAUUGCCCUGGACGUGAUUUUGGCGCAAGGUCUUCAUCAACCCCGAUUUUCUGGUCUUGUGACAGUACAGUACAUGGAUGACCAUGAUGGGCUUGGUGGGCACCCAAUAGCAGCUUCAUUUCCGCCUAUGGUGAAUCGAUACCAUAUUCUGGAGGCGGCCCAAGUUCUGCAGACUUGUCAAGGACCCUAUGGCCGAGUAUGUCACAUUUUUCAUGGAUGGCGUAUGUUGCCAAGUGGAGGUGAUGCCACCCAUCGGAUGCGGCCUGGGCAUUCCUUUACAAUUCAAAUUCCAAAUGAUCCAAACUUGGAAAGUGUGGCUGCUCAUGCUAGUGAAGUCUCGACCUCUGGCGUUUCAGCACAUGGCAUGCCAACCGGUCACAGUGAGGACUUCUUCGUGACAGGACCUGGUGAUGGAGAUCAGGAUCCACCUGAAGAUGACCCGCCUUCGGCAUCUUCUCCAUCUGCUGAGCCUGAACAUUCUGCUGGACCGUUGUUCAACUGUCAUUUUUAUCGGCUUCGGCAUCCACCGUUGCAUAUGUUCAUGCGCAAUGCUGCUGGUGUGCCCAUGCUGAUGGAGCUUGCAAGAAAUCUGGAAAUCGUCCCGGCCAGUCUCUUGCAAGCUCACACGAUUUUGACCCAGAUGGUGGGAGAUCAACGUGAUGACUUUUCUUUCAUCAUCCAAUCGGUGACGGACAUUCCAACGGCUUCCUCGGAUGCACUUGUCAUCAUUGACGUGGAAGUGCAUUUUCAUUUGACACCAGCUGGCAUUCACCCAUUGCCCGCUGCUACCAGAAGAGUUCAUCGUGUGCCUCGACAUCUUGGACGUGAAGGUGUACUCCACUAUGCAGGAGUGCGGCAAUAUUGCUCAUGGCAAAAUGAUGCAUGUUUGGUUGAGCUCAAUGGUCGUGUCUGGCCUGCUCAUCAGGCAGCACCUCAGGUCAUGCAGCAUGGUGCAUAUUUACGAGUCUGUGUUCCGCCGCCUGACUCCCAGAUGAAUACGUUGCAGGCGAUUCAUAUCACUGAGCGUCAGGGAAGCACAGUUCAGCCUCUUACUUCUGGACCUUCAGUUGCUCCUUUUCCUGCUCCGCUACCAUUUACCUCAACAUCCACUACCACGGUGCCCGAAGACACCACGCUCAGAGUCUUCCCGGUGCCCAUGGACAACCACUGGUUUGAGCCGCUUGAUGACACCUUUGAGGCAGAAGCGAUGCAGGAAUUUCUGGAAGAAGGACCCAUCCUCUAUGUCUGGACGUGGUACGUGCAUCAUGAAUUGCAUCCAGAAUGUAAUGCACCACGGGUGGUCAAAUUGGACAGCUUUAAGCACUUAUGGGGACAAGAUUUGCUUACGCAUUGGCAGUCGACUCUUCAUGGAACGGAUCCCUUGCAAAUCAAGAUUGUUGGUCAUCGACCUCCUCAUGCGACCACUACAUUGGACGCAGUGCAUGUCAUGAUUGAACAGAAGCCACGUGAAGCGAAAGCUGCAGUUGUCUUGUCUGCGGUAAUGCAAGGUGAUCAUGAAGAUCGUCUUCUACAAGCUGCUGAUUCUGUUCCUCGUUGGCUGUGUACUGAGGAUAUCAUUGACAUCCUGCGCAUCAAUCAUGUAUGUGAAACAAGGCGGUGUUCUGCCCGCUCUGGUGUGGCACAUUUUGAGCGUUUUAUUCGUCACGAUGUCCCAGAUGCAGCGAGUAUUGAACUUCAUGCCAGACCACCUCAUUGUCAUGGAGACCGUCAGGCUGCAAGUUCCUCGGAACCAUUUGUUCCAAGACGUGUCAUGCCAACCACAGCCAACUCUCUGCUCCAACUUCGACUUGUAAGACAUGAUGUCCGCUCUCGUCAUGCUGAAGCACAUGAGGAUGCAUGUUUGGUAGAACAAGUUACACUGAUCGACACGAGUUCUUCUACCAUGCCUUUGAGUUCCAUGACAGAAAAGCCAGCAGCGCUCCAUUAUUCAGCUGUAGCACAUCCUGGGGGUGAUGGCCCUGUUGACAAAGUUGAUGGAGAUCAUGAACGUGUCCAGCACGAAAUGCAGCAUAUCGCGGCCAUUCGCACCCGUGCUGUUCCGGUUCCUCCAGGGCAACCACAGAUGAUCCAUGAUUUGCACAUGCUGCUAUUUAGCAAUGAGCAAGCGUUGCAGGAGCGCCCUCCUGAGGCUUUUGUCAUCUCCACAUGGUAUGCCGAUCACCUCCGACGACCUCAUAGUGGAAUAUGUCGAGACGUGCGUCUUACUGGCAAUGUUGGCACCUGGUAUCAUGAGAUCGUCAUGAUUUGGGACGAUUGGAUGGAUCCCUUUGCAGAGUUGACUGGAGUGAUUAUUCACCCUACUCCGCAUGAUGGACAGGCUGAAGUUCAUGCACAUCUUGUCUUGGUACAACAUGUGCAGCCAACCAUGUGCUCGAUUGUUGUGGCCAUUGUCGACACCUUGGAUGAUCCGUGGCAUCCACGGCUGCUAUGUUUGACCACGCCAUGUGACCUUUCGCAUGCACAGUUGAGAAAUUACAUUGACUUGGACGGCAUUUGUGGCACAGUUCCACCCAGUGCACUCUGUCGAACGUUGUUGGGCGAUCGUGAUCUCACUGACCUACCACGAUUUGAUGUCACGCAUGGCAUGCAUUUGAUUUUUCACAUCCAGCGUGAAGUACAGCUUCAGGCCACUACUGCUUUGGCAACAGCACAUGUAGCGGCUCUUGACUCAGAAGAUGACGAGCACAUGAACCUGCUUCAACACACUGGAAAGUGA